UUUCUGUUUCAGUGCUUCGCAGAAUCUGAAUUUGUUUGGAUGUGAUUUUGUGCAAGAUUCUGUGGUCGGGUUUCGGUUGAAAAAAAGUUUACUAAUUGUGAUACGUUCAAAGUAAUGGUGUAAUUGCAGGAGCUUGAAUUGGUUUUCCAGCAUAUAUCGUAAUUUAAACAAAUCAAAGUUCAUAUUAGAGAAUUCAACGCAAUGGGAAAUCAAAUUUUAUGAUGACCUGGCAUAAAUGACAUAUUUAGUACCAGCUAUUUAUUUGCAAGAAUGCAAACCGACGAGGAGGAUGCAAUUGGCAGAGAUUCAAAUACACCUGCCAAACAUAUACAAACAUUGCAGACAGAUGAAUCGUACGAAUUAUACGCAACCAAGACAACCGCAUCGCUGGAAACUCCACCAACUACGCCAGCUGAAAACAGCGAGGCCAGCUUAAACACCGAUAAUCAUAAUACGAGAGAAAACCGCAAGUUUCGCAACGAUAUCGACAAUGACGAUCAUACGUCAGCAUACUCACAAUCGGAACCCGAUGAAGAUUCAAGCCUGGUUUUUUUCAGCGAAGGCGAUCUACCGGCAGUCGCGUUUGAGCCACCGUACACAGCGCCUCUUGCACCAUUGCUUACACCGAAAGAGUGGCGGAGAAAACAGAGUAUUAAAGAAAAAGAGGGCAGUACGCGUAGGCCAAAAAACAAUAUAAAAAGUAAACGCCGAUCGGCGGUAGUAGCUUCCAAAGAAAGAUUUAAAAGUUACGAUAGUCUCUGUGAGAUGUUUUUACAGAAUGAGCGAUAUGCAAGUGCAUCUGGAGAUGCAGGUAGUGAGCUAGGCAUCGAAACGUAUGAUAAAGAUAAUGUGAAUGGAAGAGGCAAAUGCCAUGGCAAUGGUGAUGAUUUUGUUGUUGGUGAAUGCUUUGAACUUGAUGAUACGCUACUACGGAGCAAUGAAGGACGUGACUAUACAAAAGCUGAUAAAAGAAAACUUCAGCACACAACGAGUUUGACACUCGAUGCAGAGACAUCGCGCCAUCAACGCAACAAAUCAGCCAAAAUUAAUCGCCAUUUCAGACGUAAUAUUAGUUCAAAUAACAAUAGCUCAAAGUAUACAACACCGUUAGCGCCAAUGACUGAUGAUAUUUUAGAAAAUAAUUUUGUAAAUGAAGAAGACUGCUGCCCGCCAAUAAAAUACAAUGAAACACUUUUCUUUGCGGAUGGUGGGCGUUCAAUUGAUUUUGUGCUUGCCUACAAAGUGGAUCCGGAACCAAGCCAAGAGGCGAUUAAUGCACACAAGCGUUUUAAAUACGAAGCCAAUCUCUUGCAACAUGGACUACAAAUGGAAGUGGAUUACAAGGAGCAGCAGCAUAUACAUUUUGUGAAGAUACAUGCGCCAUUGGACGUUUUACGUCGCUAUGCUGAAAUUCUAAAGCUGCGUAUGCCUAUGAAGGAGGAUCUUUGUAGUACCACAGUUUACAGCAAAUACAGUCGUUUGCUACAUGCAGCGCAAUAUCUCUCACGAAAGAUACCCGGUAUGUCUGCCGUGAAUCGCUCAACUCGAAGCGCCUUCUCUAGUCUCAAAAGUGUUGUGCAAUUCUUUCUGCGUCAUAUAUUUGUGGAUGAACGAGUUUUCCCGCGUCGUGCGUACCGCUUCACCGCCAUCUACAGCCGUGAUAAAGAGUAUUUAUUCGAUAUACAUCAUCGUUGUUUCUUCACAAAUUCAGUGCGUUCGCGUAUCGUGCAGUUUAUAUUGGAUCGGCAAUAUUUCGAUAAUCACGAAAAGGAUCCGCGUGCAUUCGGCAUUGAUCGCUUGGUGGAGUCGAAUGUUUAUUGCGCUGCUUAUCCGUUGCAUGAUGGCGAAAUCACAGAAAAAGGUACAAUGCGUGAAGCUCUCUAUACACAUUGGGCGUCAGUCAAGAAAUGGUAUCGCUACCAACCGCUUGAUUAUGUCAAGGAAUAUUUUGGCGUGAAAAUCGGUCUGUACUUCGCUUGGUUGGGCUUCUACACUUACAUGCUCUUGCUUGCCUCACUGAUUGGCAUCAUUUGUUUUGUGUAUUCAUUGAUAACAUUGAAGGAUUAUGUGCCAGUCCAAGACGUUUGCUUCAAUGAGCGCACUCAUAACCUCACUAUGUGUCCCCUUUGUGAUCGUUGCGAUUUUUGGUACCUCAAGGAGACAUGUUUUUAUGCCAAAAUCACCUACCUCUUCGAUAAUCCCAGUACUGUGUUCUUUGCUGUCUUCAUGUCCUUUUGGGCCACACUCUUUUUGGAGUUAUGGAAACGUUAUUCGGCGGAGAUUACGCACCGUUGGGAUUUAACUGGCUUCGAUGUGCACGAGGAGCACCCACGUCCCGAGUAUCUAUCGCGUUUGGGUCAUGUGAAAAACACACGUACGCGCAUUGACUACGUCACGAAUAUACAAGAGCCAGUAGUGCCAUUUUGGCGCAUGAAAUUUCCUGCCACUAUUCUAAGCGUUUCGGUUGUUUUUCUCUUGAUACUUUUGGCUUUCGUUGCGCUUGUUGCGGUGGUAGUGUAUCGCAUGUCCAUGAUGGGCACGUACAAAUGGAAUUCUAGCUCGAUGACUACUUCGAGUGCCAUCAUGUUGACCACAGCUUCGGCAGCGUUCGUCAACUUGUGUCUGCUCUAUUUGCUGAACUAUGUGUACACACAACUCGCAGAGUACCUGACUGAGAAGGAAAUGUGGCGCACACAAACACAAUUCGACGAUUCAUUGACACUGAAGAUUUAUCUACUGCAGUUUGUAAAUUAUUAUGCCUCCAUAUUUUACAUUGCAUUUUUCAAGGGUAAAUUCGUAGGGCAUCCGGGAAAAUACAACAUGAUAUUUGAUUAUCGACAAGAGGAGUGUUCCUCCGGCGGAUGCUUAACAGAGCUCUGUAUACAGCUGGCAAUCAUAAUGAUUGGAAAACAAGCUUUUAACACCAUAUUGGAGGUGAUAAUGCCAAAGGUAUGGCGAAAAAUCAUGGCCAUACAAGUUGGUCUAUCGCGUUUGUUCAGCAGUAAGACUCAAGAUAUAAACAAGGAGAAGGUGGAACGUUAUUUGCGUGAUUUAAAAUUACUCGAUUGGGGUCCACGCAGCUUAUUUCCGGAGUACUUGGAAAUGAUUUUGCAGUAUGGCUUCGUUACGCUGUUCGUGGCCGCUUUUCCUUUGGCGCCUUUUUUUGCGUUACUUAACAAUAUUUUCGAAAUGCGCUUGGAUGCGAAAAAGUUGCUGGCCAACCACAGGCGUCCUGUUUCACAACGUGUGCGUGAUAUUGGUGUUUGGUAUCGCAUAUUGGACAGCAUAGGCAAACUGAGCGUCAUAAGCAAUGGCUUCAUCAUUGCUUUUACAUCCGACUUCAUACCGCGUCUAGUUUAUCGUGCUAGUUCCGAGGGUCAUACGCUUGCUGGCUAUUUGAAUUCUACAUUAUCCGAAUAUAAUAUAACGGAAUCGGAUAAUUUGCGUAGUUUAGCUGGUGAUGGCUCGAAUAUAAAAACAUGCUUUUAUGCUGAUUAUCGAGAACCGCCGACAUCGCCGCAAAAGUAUACCUUAACAAGUAAAUUUUAUGUCAUACUCGCCUGUCGUUUGGCUUUCGUUGUGGUAUUUGAGAAUUUCGUUGCGCUUGUUAUGAUUUUGGUGCGCUGGUGUAUACCCGAUAUGAGCGUUGAGUUGCGCGAUCAGAUACGACGUGAAGUUUAUCUCACUAAUGAAAUAAUUAUUGCCAAGGAAGCGGAGCGUGCGCGUUUAGGAUUAGAUAGACGCAGUUGCUCCGCCUGUGGACAUGAUUACCGUGCGGACACAAUGUGAAGUGCACAAAAACAAAGAAUCUUCCUCGCAGCGGCAUCUCUUUAUAUUUAAGUAAAAAGUCACAAAUAUUACUCCGUGAAAUAAAAUAUAUUUUUUAAAAGAAUAUUGAACUGAAGAAAGAAAGAGAUAAAGUUAUGCCUGUCUUGCGUUUAGUAAAUUUUAACUUUUUCAGAGAAAACUGUAUAUAGUAUUUAGUAACGAAAAAUCUCCAAAACUAAGAAUCGGUGCUUUGAAAGUGCUUCAGAUCUAUGUUAAAUCCUAUGCCUUUACAAUCUCAUAUAAUUACACACAUACAUACGUAUUUAUUUAGACUGCAAUUAUAAUACAUUUUUAUUUGCAUCUAGUUCAUUAUCACGAAGCAAUUUCGGAACAGAUUUAUAUCUGCUCUAAGCUUUAAAUUUUUUUUAUCAGCUUACUCAGGUGCUUAAAAAAUCUCAGUGUGCAUGUAUAAAGUUUAAUUGGUAAAACACUCACUAUUAGCAUUAUUUAAGCAUACAACUAGGUUAAGUAGGCAAGAUAUGUCAUUGUGUUUCCAUACAAUUUAUUUGCUUGUCACUAGAAACAAAAACUAUUUAUCCUUAAAUCUCAAAAUAUUUCUGUCAUGAAAAUAAAAAAGUUUUAAAUAUGUUCCUAUUCUAGCUAAAAUAUACAUUGCUAUAUAUUUCUUAAAGAUCCAACUCAAUACUAACUGUAGUUGAAUUCUUCGAACAAUGAAUGAACAUUUAGUGGUUUUACAAAUAUUUAACUGAGACUGCUUUGAAAUGAAAGUGCUUCAUUGUACUAUAAAAUGUACGAAAAAAGCUGUAAAA